CAUUCACACACAGACGCGAGGGUGGCUCUCGCUUCCUUCGGGGCCGGCGGACCCUACCCGGCGGCUGGCAGCGCGUCGAGGCAGCUGGGAGCCGCUUUCUCCCCCUCUCGGCCGACCCUCGAGGACCCGGGCCCGCCGCCACCUUCCUCCGGGCCCGCGGGAGCCGCCGCCACUCGGGCCAGCGCGGGGCGAGCAGAAGGCGCGGGCGAGGCUUGCCUUUCAGCCCGCCCGAAGUUUGGGGGAGGCGAGCAAACAAUUACAUCGGACAAGGCCUGUCCCCUGCCUGAGGAACGGGAAGACCCCAGUUGUUCAAAAUCCAAAGGCUGGCUUCAGGACGCAGGAGGUCGGCGUAACCCUUAGAGCCCUUACGAGAAAGGCUUGGCCUCCACACCAGAGAGAAGAUGGCGCCGACCCUGCAGCAGGCCUACCGCCGACGCUGGUGGAUGGCUUGUACAGCUGUGGUGGAAAAUCUGUUCUUCUCAGCUGUGCUGCUGGGCUGGGGCUCUUUGCUCAUCAUGCUCAAACAUGAAGGUUUCUACUCCCAUCUGUGCCUAGACAAGAACAACACCAGUGACUUGGCUGUGGCUAACGUGUCUCACCCUUGGCCCAGCUGCGUGCUGCAGGAGGAAAUGCUCAACCUGGGUUUCACCAUUGGAUCGUUUCUGCUGAGUGCCGCCACCUUGCCUCUUGGGAUAUUAAUGGACCGGCUGGGCCCCCGGCCGCUUCGCCUGGUCGGAAGUGCCAGCUUUGCCCUUUCCUGUGCUCUCAUGGCCCUUGCUGCGUACAAGCCACCAGUCCUUUCCCCAUUGAUUUUUCUCGGCCUUUCCCUGAAUGGCUUUGGUGGGAUCUGCCUGACCUUUACUUCCCUAACUCUGCCAAACAUGUUUGGGAACCUACGCUCAACCUUCAUGGCGCUUAUGAUUGGCUCGUAUGCUUCUUCGGCUGUUACAUUUCCUGGUGUCAAGCUGAUCUAUGAUGCAGGAGUUUCCUUCCUCAUCAUCAUGCUCAUCUGGUCAGGUUUGGCUUGCCUCAUCUUUCUCAACUGCUUGAUUAACUGGCCAAAAGAAUCCUUCCCAGCUCCUGAGGAAGCCACUUACACGAAGAAGAUCAAGCUGAGCAGCCUAGCCCUCGAUCACAAGGUGACAGGUGACCGUUUCUACAUCCAUGUGACUGCUGUGGGUCAGCGACUGAGCCAGAGGGCCCCACAACUAGAUGGCGCCAAGGAGGAGCUCAACCCAUCAGUACAGGACCUUUCCACCGAUCUCUCCCAGCGCCACAUUCCCUUCCGUCGCAGUGUCUGCUCCCCCAUCUUUCUGUGGAGCCUCCUCACUAUGGGCAUGACCCAGCUGCGCAUCAUCUUCUACAUGGCAGCCAUGAACAAGAUGCUGGAGUUCCAGGUGACAGGUGGCAAGGACCCUGUACCAGGAGAACUGAAGAACACACCUGAGGAAACAGUCAACUUCUACUCCUCCAUCUUUGGUGUCAUGCAGUUACUGUGCCUUCUCACCUGUCCCUUCAUUGGCUAUGUGAUGGACUGGCGCAUCAAGGAUUGUGUGGAUGGGCCAGGAGAUGUGGGCCGUACUGGAUCUGCUAGGACUGAGGAGAAAGGAAAACCAUCCAAAAUUCGUUACCGAAAGAUCCAGAAGAUCACCAAUGCUAUCCGUGCCUUUGUCAUCACCAAUCUGCUGCUGGUGGGGUUUGGUGUCACUUGCCUGAUCAACAACCUCCACCUGCAGUUUGUGACCUUCAUCUUUCACACCAUGGUGCGUGGCUUCUUCCAUUCAGCCUGUGGAGGCCUCUAUGCUGCCGUGUAUCCAUCCAACCAUUUUGGCACAUUGACGGGUCUGCAGUCAUUGAUCAGUGCUGUAUUUGCUCUCCUGCAGCAGCCACUCUUCAUGGCUAUGGUGGGGCCAAUGCAUGGUGAUCCCUUCUGGGUGAACCUUGCUCUCCUCAUCUUAUCCUUUGUGGGCUUCUUGCUGCCUUGUUACCUUUACUACUAUCGCUGCAGGCUUCUUCGGGACCAAGUGGCAAAAGAUGAUGGGACUCUAGACCAGGCUAACGGUCCUCACAUGAAACUCCAAGAUGAUGCUAUUGUCAAUGGCUUGUUGAGCAGUGAUACAACUACUGUAUAAAUCAGGGAAAGGAAAGUGGGGAAGGACUUGUGGGUGACAGAGAACAGAAUGUGGAAUCAGAGAACCUGCCAGAUGGAAUGAGAUACUAUUAGAAAGGGGAGGGAGAAAAUACUGUGAGAAUUUUUAUAUUUGGGAAUUACAAAAAUAACUGAAGUGCUUUUAAUUCUCAACAAAUGUAUGUAUAUAUUUAUAGCUUUCUAUAUUUUAUAUAUAUGUACGUAUAUAUAUAUAUAUCUUGAGAGAAAAUAUGGUCACAUAUUUUACCAAGCCCUAUGGCUUUUAAAAAAGAUGUUCAAAGCAUCAGUUGAUGAGCAUCAGACACCUAGAAUGGUUUAUAAAAGGAUCUCUUUCUCUCUUUUGCAGAGUUGCCAGACCAUGGCGUCUGUGUCUAGUUCACAGCACUCCGCCAGCAUUUGCCAAUCAUAGUCCCCAACUGUUAGGCUGUAUGACAGGCCAACCAACCCUUAUUGAUUUGUUCCUUCUCUGUCUGAUGGUCCCUGGUGAUAAAAUCAGGGAUGAACUCAAUGCACAAAGAUUGUAAGUCCAAGUGGAAUGUUUUCUGUCAAACAGCUCUAGCAAGUCCCAAGUUUUUUUUCCAGCUUCCUUGUCUCCUGGCAGCUAAAGGUGGGGGUUGUCGCAAAAUAAGAUGCAAUAUGCAAACAUCACUUAACAGCAGAGGUUGAAAACCAUGCGUCCUUUCCCCCAAUUCCUUCUCCAAGCUUGGUAAAAACAAAUUAUCCCCUCACAAAGACAAAAUUCUGAUGGUCUCUCAGAAGCCAUGUGUUUGUUCAGGUAAAUGGACCUCGUUGCAGCAGGGUAUGUUAAUUACAAAACACUGAAAAAGACAUUUGCUGAAAUCCUGUCAGUUUAGCAGAGUAACUCCCAACUAGACUAGGCCCGUUUGAAUCAAUGGAACUUGCAGUUGAGUUGACUCACCAAAUCCCCAUUGAUUCUGUGGGCCUACUCUGGAGUGACUUACUCAGUUAAGCAACAGGAUUUCAGCCAUCAAUUCAACCGGAUCUGUGUAGGAAAGACUAAAUGUGGCAAUUUUUAGUGACCUCCUUUUUCAAUCAUGUCCUUCGGAGAGGGAUAGUAGCCUUGCCUCUUAGGAGGCUGCAUUUUUAGCAGUUAUGCUAAGUAUGGUACAAGACCUCAGCCAAACGAUUUAUUUAUUUAUUUUGAAAUUUAUAUUGUGCCUUUCCUUCUAAAAUGGUCCUUUUAUUGGUUUUAGUAAAACAAUAAAAUCAUCCAAUGAAACAGCAACAAAAUUAAA